GUAAACAAAUGACCGGUCCGUGGUCAUUUAAAAUUAAAUAAGUGAAACAUAGUCUCGUGGCACGUUUGACCCGCACAUUAUCUAAAUUGUACCCGUCUACAGUUCAUAAAUAAAAUCGAACUAAGUUUUAUCAUUUAAACUAGAGAUAUCAUUUCGCGCGGUUGUCGGCGCCUGCGCAGUUCGUACCGGUUUGACAAUAGCUAUAUAAACAUAAUGGGCGGUAACUAUUCAGCUAUGGACCCGAUGGAAGUCCCUGUGCCCGAUAUAGCGACGUUAUUCGAACGUGAUGGAUAUUUGAAGCCAUAUGAAAGGGAAAUUAGACGCAGAUAUGGCUGCUACAAAGACCUAUGGGACCGCAUUGAAUCAUGGGAGGGAGGAUUCGACGGUUUCACAAAGGGGUACAAAUACUUUGGGCCGCAAUACAACUCUGAUGGGUCCGUGACUUGGCGGGAAUGGGCCCCUGGAGCACAUAGCUUGCAUCUGCAAGGAGAAUUCAAUGGCUGGAACUCAAAAAGUCAUCCAUUCAAAAAGUUAGAAUUCGGCAAAUGGGAGCUGACAAUACCAGCCAACGCCGACGGGUCUUGCCCACUGAAACACGGCAGUCGUGUCCAACUUAUAGUUAACGAUAACUUAUACAGGCUCUCUCCUUGGGCAGACUAUGUCAAACCUUUUGAGGGAUUCACGUACCAACAGUUUAUUUACAGGCCUGAAAAUCCUUACAAAUUUAAGCACCCUAAAGUAGCGAAGCCCAAGUCCCCCCGUAUAUAUGAGUGCCAUGUUGGCAUCGCCACAGCUGAGGGCAAAGUUGGCACAUACAACGAAUUUAGAGAUAAUGUUCUACCUAGGAUUAAGAAGCAAGGUUACAAUUGUAUACAGCUGAUGGCCAUAAUGGAGCAUGCGUAUUACGCGUCCUUCGGAUACCAAGUCACAAGUUUCUAUGCUGCCAGCAGUCGCUACGGCACCCCAUGUGAGCUCAAACAGCUAAUAGACAGAGCUCACGAGUUAGGUCUGUACGUCCUACUGGACGUGGUCCACUCUCAUGCCUCCAAGAACACGCUGGACGGACUCAACGAGUUCGAUGGCACCAACUCCUGCUACUUCCAUGAUGGAGCUAGAGGAACUCAUCAAUUGUGGGACAGCAGGCUGUUCAAUUAUUCUGAAACAGAAGUGCUGAGGUUCCUGUUAUCAAACCUGAGGUGGUACCAAGAAGAAUACCAAUUCGACGGAUUCAGAUUUGAUGGAGUCACAUCAAUGCUGUACCAUUCCCGAGGCAUUGGCGAGGGUUUCUCGGGCCAUUACGACGAGUACUACGGACUGAAUGUGGACACGGAAGCCCUGGUGUACCUCAUGUUGGCCAACGAGAUGAUUCACAAGAUUGAUAGCAAGGCUAUUACUAUUGCUGAGGACGUAUCAGGAAUGCCAGCAUCGUGCCGCCCAGUGAAAGAGGGGGGCACUGGCUUCGACUACAGGCUGGGGAUGGCCAUCCCCGACAUGUGGAUCAAGCUGCUGAAGGAGGAGAAGGAUGAAGACUGGAAGAUGGGCCAUAUAGUCCACACGCUGACCAAUAGGCGGUGGAUGGAAGGCACUGUGGCUUAUGCUGAGAGUCACGACCAGGCGUUAGUAGGCGACAAAACAAUAGCGUUCUGGCUGAUGGACGCGGCGAUGUACACGCACAUGUCGACGCUGUCGGAGCCGAGCGGCGUGGUGGAGCGAGGCCUGGCGCUGCACUGCAUCAUACGACUCCUCACGCACGCGCUGGCCGGGGAGGCUUAUCUAAACUUUAUAGGUAACGAGUUCGGUCACCCCGAGUGGCUGGACUUCCCCCGCGCCGGCAACAACUCGUCGUACCACUACGCGCGGAGACAGUGGAACCUGGUGGAUGAUCCACUGCUCAAGUACAAGUUCCUCAACCAGUUCGAUAAGGAUAUGAAUGAGUUGGAGGAGAAGUAUGGAUGGUUGAGUUCUGCGCCGGCAUACGUAUCUUGCAAGCACGAAGGCGACAAGGUGAUCGCGUUCGAGCGCGCCGGCCUGCUGUUUGUGUUCAACUUCCACCCCUACCAGAGCUUCACCGACUACAGAGUGGGCGUCGACGUGCCCGGCGACUAUAAGGCGGUCAUGUGUUCCGAUAGCAAAAAAUACGGCGGUUUCGGUCGCGUUGAACCAGAUGGUGAAUUUCACAGCACGCAGGGCCAACCGUGGGGCAACCGAAGCGAUUCAGUACAGGUAUAUAUCCCGUGUCGCACUGCCAUUGUCUACGCAAAAGUGAAUUAGAUGGCACAAAGUGAAAAAUUUGGUACUUUUGCUGUAUAAAAGUGUUAAAUUUUGAUACCAAUGAUUGAUGCUUUAAAAUCGGUUGAACAUUGUUUAACUGGUAUGAAGUUGUUUGUUGAAAUGCUUAUUUUUGGAGGUUCAAUUUUGGAAAAGUGUAAAAUAAGCUAUUGUUAAAAAAUAGGUACAAAUUCUACGUUUUUAAAAUCUGUUACAACAAUAAAAUGAUCUGUUAAAA